AUGGCGGCGCUACUUCGGAUCGUCGACGCUACUCCAGGGGCUGCCUUCGACCUCCACGUCCUUUUUAGUACGGAUAUCGUAGCAAGGAAUGCGGCCGCAUUGUCUGUCUGUCUGUCUGUCUGUCUGUCUGUCUACUACGCAGGUGGGCGGGCUCUGGAUAACCAAACCGGCAUUGAGCAAAUGCCCACCCCAAAGACUUCCCCAAGCCGCGUUACACAACUCUGCACCAAUGCUUCGGCUUCCUCCAACCCGGCCUGCAUACGUCGCGAAGCCUCCUGGGCGCCUGCUGCUUCUUGGCCGAUUCUUGGCCAUAGUCCAGCGCCACGCGCGUUACUGCUCGGCCUCGAAGAGGGUGGUCAAACUCAAUAUUAUCGAGCUUCUCCAGCAUCGAAUCAGGAUGCACAAAGCCUGAUGACCGAGACUACCACAACGGCUCGCGGUGGAGGUUCAUCUUAG